UGUAUCAACGCCAACUUCAUGAUUAAAGACUGUUUUAAUGGCGUCCACAAUCAAUCUACAAAAAUUAAACUUCCAUUUCAGCGUCUUCCUAUCAAUUGAAAUGUAAUUUAAAUGUUGAUAAUAUUAUCAAUAAUAACUGGUGAAUAUUCAUCAUCAAUAAAACAAUAUAAUUUUUUAUUAUUUCAAUAACAAUAAUGAGACACAGGUAACGUUAAUUUGUAGCUGAGCAAUCGAUUAAUUGUCUCUUCGUCUUCAUCAUUUUUCCAUUAAAAAAAAAAAACAUUAAAAGAUAAAACUGAUUUAUUAAAUAGUCAAAAUGUCGAAACGUUCGGCAGACACUGGGGAUAUGUCCUCACAACCCCCAAUUAAAAAAGUACAAUUUGAACCAACUUUAAUUGGUCCAAUAUCAACCCUCGAAGAGAUGGACAUGAAAGUACUACAAUUUCAAAAUAAAAAACUAGCUCAGCGUUUGGAGCAACGUCAUCGAAUGGAAGCUGAACUUCGUCAACGAAUUGAACAAUUAGAAAAACGUCAAACUCAAGAUGAUGCUGUAUUAAAUGUUGUUAAUCGUUAUUGGAAUCAAUUAAAUGAAGAUAUACGUGUUCUAUUACAACGUUUUGAUGCUGAAACAGCUGAUGAAUCAGAAAAUAAAAAUGAAUCAGAAGCAACAACAUCAUUUCUCAUGCAAUUAUCAUCUUGGGACAAAGAAGAACUUGAUGAUAAAUUAGCACAUCGUGUACAAGUAUCAAAACGUGCUGUAUCAAAAGUUGUACAAGCAUUUGAUCGUUUAUCACAAAGAAAUGAAAAAAUAACACUUGCAUUAAAAGGUGAAUAUGAAGGUGAUGAAGCACCAAAUAUUGAUGAAACAGUACGUAAAGCAAAUGCUGAAAUACAAACUGAAAAUCGUAGUUUACAAGCAAUUAAUAUACAGCUACAUGAAAAAUAUCAUACAAUGUCAUUAAAAAUGUCAGAAUUACAAGAUACAAUAACUGGUAAAGAUACAUUAUCAGCUGAAUUAAGAAAUCAAGUUGAUGAUUUACAAUAUGAAUUAAAUAAAGUACGUGCACGUAAUGAUAAGUUGGAGCAUCAUCUUGGUGAAGCAAUUGAAAAAUUAAAAGCAUUUCAACAAAUACAUGGUAAUGAUGAAAAAGGUAAUAAUAAAUCAACAACAUUAGUAUCAUCAUCAGUACCACAAACAAAACUUGAUGAUUUACAACGUGAACUUGAAGAAACACGUGAACUUGCUAAUAAUCGUUUACAAGAACUUGAUAAAUUACAUCAACAACAUCGUGAUAUACUUAAAGAAGUUGAAAAAUUAAAAAUGGAUAUACGACAAUUACCAGAAUCUGUUAUUGUUGAAACAACUGAAUAUAAAUGUUUACAAUCACAAUUUUCAGUUUUAUAUAAUGAAUCAAUGCAAUUAAAAACCCAGCUAGAUGAUACAAGACAACAAUUACAAUCAAGUAAAAAUUCACAUUUACGUCAUAUUGAAAUGAUGGAAAGUGAAGAAUUAAUGGCACAAAAAAAAUUACGUGGUGAAUGUAUACAACUUGAAGAUGUACUUGCACAAUUACGUAAAGAAUAUGAAAUGUUAAGAAUUGAAUUUGAACAAAAUUUAGCAGCAAAUGAACAAACUGGACCAAUUAAUCGUGAAAUGCGUCAUUUAAUAACAUCAUUACAAAAUCAUAAUCAACAAUUAAAAGGUGAAGCACAACGUUAUAAAAAAAAAUAUAAAGAAUCAUCUAUUGAAGUGACAAAAUUAAAAAAAGAAAAAGAAGAUUUAAGUACAAAAUUAGGACAUUAUACUAGCCAAGAUUGUAAAGAAGGUAAUUUAUCUGAUUGUAGUGGUAAAGAUGAUGAUGGUUUAGGUGCAAUUGGUUGUUCAAUGUUAAUUAAAGAUGAAAUUGGUAUUAAAAAAGAAUUAGCAACUGAUGAAGAAGCUGAUAUUGGUGAUAAUGGUGAUGGUGAAAGUAGUAAUAAAAUUAAUUGUGAUGGACAAUCAUUAACAUCACCAACAUUAAAAAAAGAAAAAAUUGAUAUUAAAAAAGAAAAAGAUAUUAAAAAAGAGGGUAAUAUUAAAACUGAACAUCGUGAUAGAUCAAAAGAUUCUAAAAUUGCUGAAUCAGAAAUUGUCAGAGAACUUCGUGGUCAAUUAAAAAAAACAGUCAACGAAAUGAAAGAAAUGAAAUUAUUAUUAGACAUGUACAAAGGUGUUGGUAAAGAACAACGUGAUAAAGUACAAUUAAUGGCAGCUGAACGUAAAACACGUGCUGAACUUGAAGAUCUACGUCAACAAUUAAAAAAAAUACAAACGUUCGAAUUGCAGGAAAACAAACGAGAGGAAAGAAAAAAAUUAGCUGACGAGGAUGCUCAAAUAAAAAUUAAAAAAUUGGAAGAACAAACGUAUACACUUCAGCGUCAAGUUGCAUCACAAAAACAGAAUUGCGUUUGGCUACAGGAGGAAGAAGCCUUGUUAAGUGAAAUGGAAGUUACUGGACAAGCAUUUGAAGAUAUGCAAGAACAAAAUUCACGUUUAAUUCAACAAUUACGUGAAAAAGAUGAUGCAAAUUUUAAAUUAAUGACUGAAAGAAUAAAAAGUAAUCAAUUACAUAAAUUAGCUAGAGAAGAAAAAGAAGUUUUAAAAGAACAAGUUAUAACAUUAACAACACAAGUUGAAGCAGCAAAUGUUGUUGUUAGAAAACUUGAAGAAAAAGAACGUUUAUUACAAAAUUCAUUAGCAACUGUUGAAAAAGAAUUAGCACUUAGACAACAAGCUAUGGAAAUGCAUAAACGUAAAGCUAUUGAAAGUGCACAAUCAGCUGCUGAUUUAAAACUUCAUUUAGAAAAAUAUCAUUCACAAAUGAAAGAAGCACAACAAGUUGUUGCUGAAAAAACAAGUUCACUAGAAGCUGAAGCAUAUAAAACAAAAAGACUUCAAGAGGAAAUUGCACAAUUACGUAGAAAAGUUGAAAGAAUGAAAAAAAUUGAAUUAGCUGAAACACUUGAUGAAGUUAUGGCUGAAGAACUUCGAGAGUACAAAGAGACAUUAACGUGUCCAUCAUGUAAAGUUAAACGUAAAGAUGCAGUAUUAACAAAAUGUUUUCAUGUUUUUUGUUGGGAUUGUUUACGUACACGUUAUGAAACAAGACAAAGAAAAUGUCCAAAAUGUAAUUGUGCAUUUGGUGCAAAUGAUUAUCAUCGUUUAUAUUUAUCAACGUGAGUCCAAAAAAAAAAAAGAAAGAAAAACCUAAUUGAAUUAUUGAAAAUUAAUUAAAUCAUUAUUAUAAUUAAAUACAA